AUGAAGGAUAAGGUUGUUCGUUCACGUUCAUCGUCAUAUGGUAAUUCCAUCACGACUAAUUUAUCGACAAUACAGAUAUUAUCAUCAUUAAUGAACGACGUACAAACAUAUGGUGUAGUUGCAGGUGAUGAUGAUAAUGGAUCUACUCCAGCUUCAAUUGAUAAUCAUUCUGCAUCGUCAUCAUCAUCGGCAUUAUCUCGAGCUAAACAUGAAUCCAUCGAUAUUGAACAACCAAAUAAUGAUAAAUUAACUGUUUAUGAUUUAUCUGAUGAAGAUUCGGAUGAUGAUGUCGAUUCACCGUCUAGUCAAAAUUUUUCACUUCCUACUAGUACAUCAACAGUAACGACAGGUAAAACAAGUCCAUCAUCAGCUGUUCGAUCAAUUAUUUCAACUUAUAUACGAGAUCAACCAGUUACUACUCCACCACCACCAAAAAAUCUCGUCGUAGCAGCCAUCGAAGAUAUUGCUGUUUGGGUCGUACUUGCUGUAGCCAGCGCUUUCAGCAAAGGUGGUCCAGCUAUACAAGCUGCUAUUAUCAUGACAUUUGCUACAUCACCACUUCUCUAUUUAGUCUAUGGAAGACUCAGACCUACUGAAACAAAACAGUACAUCCAAAUGCAGAAGAAGACGACUGAAGUAUCGAAACCGUAUGAUCUAGACACGAAUCUGAUCGAAGAUCGGCAAUCAAAACCAUUUCGAAAAUUGCGUCUCGAAACACCUUCUACAUCUCCGAAUUCUUCAAUUCGUAUUCAUCUGAAAAGAUUGCCUAAAGGACAGUGGCGACUUUGUAGAGAAAUUGGUUCUGGUUGA